GAACGCAGGAAAUUGCGGGUAAACGUUUGGAUAACAAGUUCUUGUAGAGAAAUGGCGAAGUAAGUGUGCGAAGAGACAAGGAUACAUAGCUGUAAUCAUGAGUCAAAAUACUUUCGUCGUACCAAGUAACGUUGCAGCAUUUGUUUUGAAGCUUUGGAAGCUAGUGGAAGACCCAAAUGUCGAUGAAAUGAUAUCUUGGAGUAAGGAAGGAACAGCAUUUUGUGUACAUGAUCCUGUUUCUUUCGCUAAAGAUGUCCUUCCACAUUAUUUUAAGCAUAACAACUUUACAAGUUUUGUCAGACAGUUAAAUAUGUAUGGCUUCAAAAAGCUAGUUUCAACUGAUCAUGGUGGAAUAAAAUCUGAUAAUCCGGAGUGGGAAUUUCAUCAUCCAUAUUUUGCCAGGGAAAAAUCAGAGUUGCUUGAACUUGUUAAGAGGAAGCAGGUACAUCCAGAAGAAAAGAAGAUAAAAAGUGAAGAUGUUUCUCAUGUUAUUGAGGAUGUGCAGCAGCUGCGUGAAAAGCACGGUGUUGUCCAGAGUCAGCUUGAAAAUUUGAAAAUGCAAAAUGAAAUGCUUUGGCGUGAACUCACAGAACUCAGGAUGAAGCACCACAAGCAACAGCAUGUUCUAAAUAAGCUGAUCAAAUUCCUUAUCCUCAUUUAUGGACGCAAAGGUGUCAAGAAUAGAAAAAGGCUUGCCAUUGAGCAAGGUCAGCCAUCUACAAAACGGAGACGUUCGUCAGGAUCCCAGGCCCAGGUGGAGGAGCUUGAGAGCCUAAAAUAUGUGGUCGAAUCACCAAAGGCAGUGGACAGCGUCCUAUCAAACUUUGACAUUGAAACUACGUCAUCUGGUCCGCAAAUUACACUGUUACCAGACGAACCACUUGUUCAAGACAUAACCUCAAAACCAGUGAUCAGCACUGACCAAGCACGUGACAGUUCCAUUGCUCUACAAACUGCGAGCACGACAAAAACAAAGAAAAGGAUAUCCCAGACCAAUUCGAAGCCAAAAAGCGAAGACUCCUUGAAACUCAAAAUGCCAACCAUGGUUUCAUUAUCGAAAGAACCAACCCUCGACUUCUCUCCAAGCAUCUUCGAUAGUCCUGCACCGGCAUUCCCGUCCCACACUAAUAUGCCGAACGCGGCUGUGAGUGAAACUCUUGAAGAACUCGAGAACUCUUUUAAUCCUUCGAGUGCAGUUGUUCUGAAGAGAUCAGUCAGCGCUGACAAAGACGUGAUUGACCAAGAUGUGGAUCAUAUAACCAGUAGUCUGGAUUCACUGCAAGGAAUUCUGUCAGGUCCCCAGUUUAAUUUGGAUGCGGAUACGCUUUUACAGCUUUUCAAUUCAGAGGAAAAUCUUUCGGCGCCAACCACUGUACCCUACCAAACUUCAAAAACAGGAUCACGCAUAUCCAAUGAUUAUCCGCUGGCUUUAUCCCUGAUAUUAAGGCAGGCAAUAACUGCAGCUCUGGAAGCGGCUUCUGCUGACCCGACAGAGAUGGAAGAAAUUGAUGGCCACAGAGUUGAUGAAAACGAAGAUAUGGAUGGACUUUCACCAUUCUCCCCUGGAAUGUUCUUAAAUGAUGACGGAGAACUGGCUAACGAACAAUCGGAGAAGCAUUAGAUUGAGUAGAAAGUGGUGAUGAAAUUCCCACCUUUGACACUCGGACACUUCAUGCCUUUUUCCUAUGAGAUGUUACAUUACAUCACGUUUACUGCCGCCAUUUUUAGUGUUUUGUUCCAUAUAUUUCUGUGUAUUUGAUAAUGAUCACGUCGUUAAUUGUUUCGUAAUUUACGUCUUGUCACCUUCUGUGCAGAAUUAUUUUUAUUAUACAUCGUUGUUAGAAUGACAUUUAUAUGAAACAUAGAAACCUACCUAGCUAAA